AGGUACUGAAACUGAGAGACAAACACUUAACAGUAUAGUACAAUGCAUAUCUAAAUCCAACGGUUAAUAUGAAACCCAAAUCAUUUAAUCCAACGGUUCUCACAUCAACCGCGUUUACAAAGCCAACCCAUGAAUCCUUCAUCCUCUUAUACCCUCCUUGCCGCGCCCUCUUUUCUCUCUCUCACCUCAUUCCUCAGAUUCACCCUUUCUCUCUCUAAAACCGUUUUCUUCUUUCACUCUCCACCACCGUAACUGUAUUCAGUUAGAGAGAGAGAGUGAGUGAGUUUUAACCGUUAAUUCAAUUAAGAUGCAACCAUCGAACGGCUCUGAUUCAACCACUCCGCAGGCGGAGACAAACAAACCGCAACGUCAACCAACGCCUCAGGCGGUGGCGGUGCCGCAGCAGUGGGUUCCGAUGCAGUAUCCAACGGCGAUGGUAAUGCCGCAUCACAUGAUGCCGCCUCAGCAUUUCGCUCCGCCGCCUUAUGUGCCGUAUCAUCCUCACCAUCAGUUUCAGCAGCAGCCGUUGCACGUGCCGCAUCACCAUCAGAAUCAUCAUCAGCAGCAUGGAUCCAAUGGAGAGAAUAAGACUCUGUGGAUUGGAGAUUUGCAUAACUGGAUGGAUGAGAAUUAUCUUCAUCGUUGUUUUGCUUCCACCGGCGAGAUUACCUCCAUUAAGGUUAUCCGCAAUAAGCAUAGUGGUAUUUCAGAGGGAUAUGGAUUUGUGGAAUUUUUUUCACAUGCCACAGCUGAGAAAGUUUUACAGAAUUAUGCUGGAAUGUUGAUGCCAAAUGCUGAUCAAUCUUUCCGUCUGAACUGGGCUACUUUUAGCACAGGAGACAAGGGUUCAGAUAAUGUUACUGAUCUUUCUAUUUUUGUAGGAGAUUUAGCUGCUGAUGUUACAGAUACUGUUUUGCAUGAAACUUUUGCUAGUUCAUAUCCUUCUGUUAAAGCUGCAAAAGUUGUUUAUGAUGCCAACACUGGCCGUUCAAAGGGCUACGGGUUCGUCAGGUUUGGAGAUGAAAGUGAGAGAUCUCAGGCUAUGACUCAAAUGAAUGGUGUUUACUGUUCUACCAGGCCCAUGCGUAUUGGUGCUGCAACUCCAAGGAAAUCAUCUGGCCAUCAAGGUGGACAGUCAAAUGGUACAUCCAGCCAAUCUGAGACAGACUCUACCAACACAACUAUAUUUGUUGGAGGACUCGACCCUAAUGUUACAGAUGAAGAUCUUAGGCAGACAUUCUCAGAGUAUGGUGAGAUAACCUCUGUUAAGAUACCUGUUGGAAAGGGCUGUGGUUUUGUUCAAUUUGCAAACAGAAAUAAUGCUGAAGAGGCUUUGCAGAAGCUUAAUGGGACAAUGAUUGGCAAGCAAACUGUCCGUCUCUCUUGGGGUCGCAAUCCUGCAAACAAACAGUUUAGGUUUGACUUUGGAAGCUGGGGCGGGCCAUAUUUUCCUUCCCCUGUUUAUGAUGGAUACGGAUAUAUGCCUUCUCCUCAUCAUGAUCCAAGCGUGUAUCCUCUUCCUUACGGGGGUUACCCUAUUUAUGGAGGUCACCAACAACAAGUAAGCUGAUUUGCAGGAGUAGCACUCACAACAAGUUACAGAACAAUCACUCUUGAAGGAGCAAACUAUUGAUACUCAUAUGUAACUUGUUUUUAUCUGUCCGAGUACUUAAAAAUCCCUCCUAAUUGUGGAGUGGAGUUGAAUUUUGGUUACAUGAGGUAGAACUAUAGGGAUUCAAUUAAUCGUUAUUUUAGACUUGUAGGAGUAAUGGUUAUUGAGGAAUUUAGAACUUAAUUAUGGGAAUAAUUAUCUUAAGAAUGACAGCGACUGUGCUUGAUUGAAUA